AUGAUUGAAGGACAAGGCAAGCGAUGGUCUCAGUGCAUGUACAUGUAUUAUAUAUUGAAGCAUUUGCAUAAAGACAAGAAGGAUGAGUUAAUUAGAACUUAUCUUCUUGCUCUCGAUGGGGAUGUUGACUUCCAACCCAAGUCUUUGACAAUGCUAUUGGAUCUAAUGGAAAGAGAUGAUAAUGUAGGAGCAGCGUGUGGACGAAGAAGUGGACCUGUUGUCUGGUUUCAAAAAUUUGAGUAUGCAGUUGGACAUUGGUUGCAAAAAACAACAGAAGAUGUUCUUGGAUGUGUUCUGUGCAGUCCAGGAUGUUUCAGUUUGUUCAGAGGAACUGCUCUAAUGGAACCAAAUGUUGCUGGCACUUACAAAAAAAGUAGCAGUGGAGCGCGCUAAAAAAUACAAUGGGAUCAAGGUGAAGAUAGGUGGUUGUGCACCUUGCUGUUAAAAGCAGAAAAGGUUGAAUACUGUGCAGUCUCCGAUUCCUACACCUUCGCUCCAGAAAAAUUUGGGGAGUUCUAUAACCAAAGAAGGAGAUGGGGUCCGUCAACAUUAGCAAACAUAUUAGACAUUUUGCUCGACGUAAAAAAAGCUAUCAAAAACAACGAAUGCAUAAAUCGUAGAUAUAUUGCUUAUCAGGUGAUUUUGAUGGCCGCCUCACUUCUUGGACCUGUUACUGUCGUUCUAAUUAUACAAGGAGCUUUUCAAUAUGUAUUCGGCAUGAGUCCAAUUAGGGGAAUGAUGGCUGCACUAAUACCAGUGAUAUUUUUUGUCAUCAUAUGCUAUACUACCAAUCGCGAUUUUCAAAUUCUUGUGGCUCAAAUUUUGUCUCUCAUCUAUGCACUGGUAAUGAUGGCCGUUUUAGUCGGAGUUAUUAGACAGAUGGCUGACAGUAAGAAAUGA